AGACAAAACAUUGGGAAGUAACAAUUUCACCUUCUUCUGUACGAUUUUCAUCACGUCGUCGUUUGAAACGUUCAACGACAGCAAUUAGCAGUGGUAGUGGUAGUGGUGAUGGUGGUGGUGUUGGUGGUGGUACAUUGUCGAUACCGCUUGGUGAUGUACAAAAACAGGGUCAACUCAUGCAUCAGGAAGUGGCCAUGGGAGUACCAUUAAAAAAUGACCGACAUAAAUGGAUAACGUGUUGGGCAGUACUUUAUGGUACUAAAUUAUAUCUUUGCUGUCAAUUGGGCUCAUAUAAAAGCGAUGAAACGCAUAAAAAAUUAUUGAACAUUCCAUCGGAUGCUCGUGAAAUUGAUUUGAAAUCAGCGAUUAUCGAUAUAGCAUAUGAAUAUUGGCGUCCAAAAGAUAACAAAAAAGCGCAUGUAUUUCGUGUGAUAACUCAACAGCAUACUGAGCAUCAUUUUCAAGCAUAUUGUGAAGAUGAUAUGUUAAAAUGGAUUGAAAUUAUCCGAAUUGCAUCCUCAACAUUGAUUAACUCACACAGUGAUCAUGGUACCAUUUCUGCUGGUGUUACAAGUAAUGUCGAGAUAUCCUGUAAUGUUCCAAAUAGUUGCUCCAUUGCUACAAAAUUAAAAUCAGAUAAUCCGAACGAUUUUAAUUGA